CCGUCCGCAGCGCCCCGGCCCACACAGCAGCCAGCCGCUCUCCGUCCUGCAGCAACGCGGAGCUCCGUCUGCUCACCGCCGGCUCGCUCGCUUCUCACCGCCGCCCCCCCCCCCCGCUCUCCCAGCAGCGAGUGCGGGAGAGUCUUCUCCAUCUUGCCCCUUCGAGAGACAUAUGGAGAAAAUGGCCAGACCUCUCUCCGUCAACCCGGCGUUCCUGCCGCCGACCCACGGCGUGCUGAAGUCUCUGCUGGAGAACCCGCUCAAGCUGCCGUUCCACCAUGAAGACGGAUUUGGGAAAGACAAGGAGAAAGAGAAGAAGCUGGACGAUGAGAGCAGCAGGGCCAACAACCCGCAGUCGGCCUUCCUCGGGCCCACGCUCUGGGACAAGACCCUGCCCUACGAUGGCAACAACUUUCAGCUGGAGUACAUGGACCUGGAGGAGUUCCUGUCGGAGAACGGCAUCCCCGCCAACACGGCCCAGGGCCACCAUGCUGAGCCACCGCAGGCGCCCCACCAGCAGGCCUCGCCACCAGCCCCGCCCAAGCCUUCCGUGGUGGACCUCAGCAGCCGCGCCACCACCUCAGUUCACACGGGCAUGGCGCCUCAGACCAGCCUCCACAGCCCCAGCACAGCAGCAGCACCGCCCUCAGCCCGGGACAGCCCCAGCCCCAUUGACCCAGAGAGCAUUCAGGUGCCCAUGGCCUAUGAGCCCGACCCGGCAGACCUGGCGCUGUCCAGCGUGCCUGGCCAGGAAAUGUUCGACCCCAGGAAACGCAAGUUCUCUGCCGAGGAGCUGAAGCCACAGCCCAUGAUCAAAAAAGCCCGCAAGAUCUUCAUCCCAGAGGACCUGAAGGAUGACAGGUACUGGGCUCGGCGCAGGAAGAACAACGUUGCGGCGAAGCGCUCACGGGACGCCCGCCGGCUGAAGGAGAACCAGAUCGCCAUCCGCGCCAGCUUCCUGGAGAAGGAGAACGGCGCUCUCCGCAUGGAGGUAGCGGACUUGAGGAAGGAGCUCGGCCGCUGCAAGAACAUUGUGGCCAAAUACGAGACCCGACAUGGGGGCCUGUGAGCCCCCCCACCCCACCUCUCUAAAAAAAAUCCACCAUAAGCCCCCUUCCUACUCCUCCUCCUCUUCCUCCUCCUCUUCUCUUCCCCACAAUUUACCGCCCUGUCCCAUUUUCUUUCCUGGAGUUUGAAGGACGAUGUGUCUCUUUUGGUGGCACUGACCCCGCCCCCUCUUCCUCCACCACCAUCCACACCUCCUCCCAUUUCUCCCACACACCCCCCAACCCACCUGUACGAUUCUGGUAUUGUAACUUUGUCAUUUUGACUUAUUUCAUAAGCUUCGACUUGUCUGUUCCUUCUUUUUCCUUACACAUCCUUCGACUGAAUAUAUUUACAUAUACAUAGAUAAAAAAAAAACAUAUAUACAUAUAUAUAUAUUUACACAUGCAUACUUCCCACUUUAGUGUACUGUGAGGAGUCAUGAGCCAACCCACCAGCUGAGUCCACCCCACCCCCAUCUCCCCCUUCCACUUUUGAGAGACGAUUCCAUGCUGUUUGUCGUUUUCAUACCGAUUUUAUACGUGACAUCAGGACGGCAAACUCUCCUGUUUCCCCUCUUCUUCUUCUUCUUCUUCUUCUGCUGUGUUACCACCAUGUGAAGUGUGGUUGCUCGCCUCUACCCGACCCCUCAUAUCUUCUUCUUUUCUUGAUGUUCAUGUUGUAUUUCAGUUUUCGAUCCCCUCUCAGAUAAUCUAGAACAGCAUCGUCUGUAAUUUGAAAUUGUCUUCGCAUAGCACUUAAAUUUGUCUGUGCAAUCGUGGUGUAGAUUUGCUUUCUUAUUACGUUUUUCUAAUGUAUUUUUUUUAAUGUAUUGUUUUGUUUUGUUUGUUUCUCUCCAUCGCCCGGUCACUGAGCAAUAAUCCCUGUCCAGAAUUGAACAGACAUGACGACCUACAUGUUCCUUACCCACCUUCUAUGCCCCGCCACCUCCACCUCCACCCCCACUGCCAGAUUACUACCUAGUUGCUCUCUCCCCCCCCCCCCAUUUCAUUUAAGCUCAGCUCCAAUGCGUCUCUCACAAUCUGAAUCGGUGUAAUGUUUCAACUGGUUCAAAAAAUGUCCUCUGCCUCAUAUUUAUCUAUCUUUUAUUUCUCAGAUGGAAUAUAUAAUAUAUAUAUAUAUAUAUAUAUACAUUCACACACUAUUCAUAUUAUUUUUAGCAUUAAUACUACUCUCAACAUUGUUGUCGUUUAGCCUCCUUGUUUUCAGAUUUAAGCAUGAUUUCUUUAACAGAACGAAAAGCUACUCGUAAAUCUUUUCUUCCUUUUUUUUUUGCAAAGUUGUUAAUAAUUAUUUUUGCUUCUGCUUAACUUUUAGGAAUCAACAGAUGUCUGUAGUCUCCCUCUUUGUAGCUCUAUGUUCGACCUGUUUUUAAAGAUGGCUGUAUGAAUGUAAAAGAUGUUGACAACGGGAAAAAAAAAGUUGGAUGGUGUUGUCCUAUACUGUGGUUAACCCAAUCAAUUUGUUUACUGCAAACCAAACGAUUCACAACAGAGAUGAUAUAUUGAUUACAAGAGAUAUGUUUAUAUAAACCUUUAAGUUGUU